UUUAAAAAAAAAAAAGAGGAAAAGAGGAGAAAGGGGAUUCUUCCGAGGUCAAGGUCUUUGAUUGAAGUUCAAGGGAUCUCUUGCUUUAAUUAUUCGAAAAUCGUUCAGAUCCCAGUUUGAAGAAUUUUCCUGGCGAGUUUCCGGCAGAUUCCCAGUUCCCAAGCAGCUAAUGCGGAAACUGGGAAAGGGGAUAUAGAGAUAUGAAUCGGCGGAAUUCACAGUUUCUGAAGAUCUUUCUGUACAUGUUAGUGCUGAACUUCUUCUUCCUCUGCAUCUACUUCGUGUUCCACUCGUCGUCGUCGCCGGAGCCGCAGUCUCACUUUCCGGUGGGGCGAUUUCAUGUCACGGCGAGUAAUCAAUCGAUCCAGAAGCCAUGGCCGAUCUUGCCUUCUUACCUCCCAUGGACGCCGCCGCCGAGGGACGUUCGCGUGGGCUCGUGCGAAGGGUACUUCGGCAACGGAUUCACCCGGCGAGUCGAUUUUCUUAGGCCGCGAAUCUCUGGUGGAGUUUCCGACAGAAGCUGGUUCCGGUGCUUCUACAGCGCCACGCUUCGGAGCUCGAUAUGCGAAGGAGGGAAUCUGAGGAUGGUUCCCGAUCGGAUCGUGAUGUCGAAGGGAGGUGAGAGACUGGAGGAGGUGAUGGGGAGAAGAGAAGAGGAGGAGCUGCCACAGUUCCAGGAAGGUGCGUUUGAGGUGGCGGAGGAGCGGUCACGCCCAGGGUUCAAGAGUCGCCGCGACGGCGGCGGCGGAGGAAAUCCCCGGCGGCUGGUGAACGACGAGAUGCUGAACGCAUACAUCCCCGGAGGAGACAUCGAGAGGCACACCAUGAGGGAUUUGAUGGCUUCGAUUCGCGCAGUUGACCUCGAAGAUUUCGCUUGUGAAGAGUGGGUGGAAGAACCAACCCUUCUUGUUACCCGUUUCGAGUAUGCAAAUCUUUUCCAUACCAUGACAGAUUGGUACAGCGCUUAUGUUUCGUCGCGGGUCACUGGCUUGCCUACCCGUCCCCACGUCGUUUUCCUUGACGGACACUGCUCAACACAGCUAGAAGAAACGUGGAUGGCGUUGUUUUCGGGGAUAAGGUACGCAAAGAACUUCACCAACCCGGUCUGCUUCCGCCACGUCAUUCUCUCCCCUCUCGGAUACGAAACCACGCUUUUCAAGGGCUUACACGAAGACAUAAACUGCGAGGGAGUGUCAUCCCACGACCUCUGGCAAAACCCGGACGACACAAAGACUGCGAGGCUGUCAGAAUUCGGGGAGAUGAUAAGAUCAGCUUUCGAGUUCCAAGUCAACAGACAGAAACCGCAGCCUCCGCCUCAUCACAGCAUCCUCUUCGUCCGAAGGGAAGAUUACCUGGCACACCCUCGUCACCGAGGCAAGGUGGAAUCACGGCUGAGCAACGAGGAAGAAGUGUUUGAGGCUAUACAACGCUGGAUCGGGUCAGGAUCAGGAUCGACGGGUUUGAAGUGCGGGAUGAAUCUGGUGAACGGGUUGUUCGGGCAUAUGACGAUGAGGGAGCAGGUCAGAGCCAUCCAGGAAGCGUCGGUGAUCGUGGGAGCGCACGGGGCGGGGCUGACGCACGUGGUGUCAGCCACGUCGAAGGCGGUGGUGUUUGAGAUAGUGAGCAGCAGUUUCAGGAGGCCGCAUUUCAGGCUGAUAGCGAAAUGGAAAGGGAUCGAGUACAGGGCGAUGAAUCUGGUGGGAUCGUAUGCUGAUCCAAAGGAAGUGGUGGAGAAGAUGAAGGAGGUUGUGGGGAAAGUGAAACAUAUAGAAUUAGAGAUUGAUUUUUUGGUAGUUCAAUGGAUUUUUUAUUUUUUUUUUUUUGCGUAAUGCAUUUACUACAAUUGUUUUUAAAUUUAGCAAGAUAAAGAAAGCGACGUAAAUGCGUUAUCAUUUUUUUAUUA